GAGAAAGGCAAGAAAACCAGUUGGCAAGCAGAUGGAUGCGCCCAGAAAGAAAUUAAAAAACACGACUGCUUUCCCAUUGCAUUGACUGCUGGAGUGAGAUUCUCAUUUUAAUUAAAAAAGCAAAACAAAUCCCUUGCUUUUUGUUAUUUGUUCAAAUGCUAUUUGUCUGAUCUGCCGUUGGAAUCCCUCUUUAAAAACAAAUCGUUCGCACAUUUCUUGCUCCCCUUUUCCUUAUUUUCCAUUGCUGUAUUCCCCAAACCUUCUCAAUAAUCUCUUCCAUGUCUUAGAACCCUUCUACCAGAUCUAAAGAAAUCCCAGAGCUAGGGCUUGGAGAGAAGAAAUGGACUGUGGAUUUUGAUCAAAACAAGCGGGGUAAGAUCUGUUCUUUUCCGAACGUAAUGGCCACGGAGAAGCUCGGCUCUAAAGGCCAGGCAUGGUUCUGUACCACAGGACUACCAAGCGACAUUGUAAUCGAAGUAGAUGAAAUGACAUUUCAUCUCCAUAAGUUUCCAUUGAUGGCGAAGAGUCAGAAGCUCCAUGAGCUUAUGACAGAGCAAGAAUCGAAUCCUGAGAGAAAGAAAAUCUCAGCUGAAGGAAUUGAAGAAGAAGGAGAAGAAGAAAUCUGCUGCAUUUCUUUAUCGGAAUUCCCCGGCGGCUCUGAAGCCUUUGAGGCCGCAGCGAAGUUCUGCUACGGCGUCAAGAUCGAACUGACUCCGUCGAACGUAGCUCCGCUCCGAUGCGCCGGUGAAUACCUCGAGAUGACGGAGGAAUUCUCCGAGGACAAUCUCAUCUCAAAGACGGAGCGGUUCCUCACGCAAUCAGUUUUCCGGAACCUCAGAGAUUGCAUCGAGACAUUGAAAUCCUGCGACAAUCUGAUGCCGCUGGCUGAAGCACUGAGCAUCCCACAGCGGUGCAUCGAGUCGAUUGCAACAAGGGCCUCUUCGUCCGAUCUGCCGUCGUCGGCGCUGUUCGGCUGGCCGGUGAACGAUGAGGCCAGGGGCGACCAGAAACUCACGAGCCAGAUCCUGUGGAAUGGGAUAGACACUGGAAUCCGACCUAAGAACCUGGUCCGUUCGUCUGCAAGCGAUUCCUGGUUCGAAGAUCUGACGGGCCUGAGCUUGCCGCUCUACAAGCAGCUGAUUUCAGCGAUGAAAGCUCGAGAUCUUAGCUCGGAUGUCAUCGAAGGAGCUUUGGUUUCUUACGCGAAGAGAUUGAUUCCCGGUCUCUCGAGGUCGAGUAGGAAGCAGUCAUCUGGCUCCAUGGCGUCGGAAUUCGAACAGAGAGAGCUCUUGGAGACUGUAAUUAUGAAUCUGCCAUUGAAGAGGAGAACAGCGACGGGGAGCGCGGCACCGACGACUACGAGAUUUCUGUUUGGACUGUUGAGGACUGCGAAUAUACUGAGAGCUUCGGAGGAUUGCCGGGCCACGUUGGAGAGGAGAAUUGGGCAGCAGCUGGAGCAGGCGACGUUGGACGAUCUCCUUCUGCCGAGCUAUUCGUACCUGAUUGAGACACUCUACGAUGUCGAUUGCGUGGAGAGGAUCUUGAUGCAUUUUCUUGAAGGUUUGGAUGAAAGAUCAACGGUCGGGAUCAGCAAUCGGCACGGCGACCAUGAAGAGAGCGGCAGAUCACCGCCACCGAUAAAUCCAGUGAUGUUGGUGGGCAAGCUGAUCGACGGCUACCUGUCGGAGAUCGCUUCCGAUGCGAAUCUGAAGCCGGAGAAGUUCUACGAUCUUGCGUUCGCGCUUCCUGAUCAUGCGAGGCUCUUCGACGAUGGGCUCUAUCGGGCCAUUGACGUUUAUCUCAAGGCACAUCCGUGGAUUUCGCAGGAAGACAGGGAGAAGCUCUGCGGGGUGAUGGACUGCCAGAAGCUCACGUUAGAGGCGUGCACUCAUGCAGCCCAGAACGAGCGCCUGCCCCUGCGCGCUGUGGUGCAGGUCCUCUUCUUCGAGCAGCUUCAGCUCCGUCACGCCAUCGCCGGCUCCAUCCUCGCCACCGAUGCCGCAGGGCCGCCGCUGCCCCUCGACUCGGCUCGUUCGUCCGGCGUGGGGGCCGGCGCUGUGGCGCUGCCGGGAGACGGCGGGGAUACAUGGCAGGCGGCGAUUCGGGAGAACCAGGUCCUGCGGCUGGACAUGGACAGCAUGCGGUCGCGCGUGCAGGAGCUGGAGCGCGAGUGCACAACGAUGAGGAAGGCGAUAGAGAAGAUAGACAAGGGAGUUGUGGGCGGAGGAAAUGCCGGAGGGUGGAGCUCGUUCACGAAGAAAUUCGGGUGUAAGUUCAAGACCCAGGUCUGUGAUUCGCAUGAAAGAGCAGUUGUGGAAGCUAGAAAAGUAAGACAGCAGCAGCUGCAGGAACGGCAGCAAAGCUUGUAGCUCUAUCUUUCAUCUCUGCUCUGGUCUUCUUUUUUUUUCCUUGUCUCUUCUUUCUUUGAGGUGAGUGGUUUUGAUUCAUCUAGGAGGUUUGAAUUGGUUCUUGUGUUGCUUGUUUGAUGAUUUUUGUAUAGGAUUGGGAAGGUUAGUAGAAAUGAACGUAAUUCAAUACGUGCUAACGCGGAACGUGUGUACU